AUGGACGCCGAAGCUCCCAAGAUUCCCCACACCCCUCUCACCUUCCCCCUUUUGCCCCCCGAGAUCCACGAGCAAAUUAUAGCGGAGGCCGCACAACACUCUCCCCGGGGUCACCUUGCGGCAGUUUCCAAGGAAUGGCAAUUUCUCAUCGAGAAGAAGACGUUUGCGUCCCUCGUCGUCGACAAAGACCAGCUAUUCUUGCUUGGUGAGUAUAUGACAGGAAAGAGAGAGCGCCUGGUCAAGCGUAUUUGUCUCAGCGUUAAACUUUCACCGUACAACUGCAGAUACUGCCUGGAGCUCUUUCGCCAGCUGAGGUGGUGGAGAGAGGGCAGCCUGACGUUAGAGAUCAGCGCAUACUCGCCGAGCGAUUCGGAACACUUUUUCAAGGGCUACUACGUUGGAGAUCCAGAUGAAGACGAAGCUUUCGGCGACCCUCGUACAUUCGACGACGAUAGACACGGCUUCUCACCCGACGGCCAAGAGGCUCCUCAAGAACGGGAUACGAGAGAAGUUUAUACCUUGAUGACUAGAUCCAUACACUAUGUUCAUCCAGUAAGAGUGGUCAAAAGAUUGCUCAUUCGUCGACAAUGCCGCCGCCAAGUCGCCCCCAGCUUCUUGUCUCUGUUCUUUGCAGCGUUGCCUGCACUCAAACACAUCCAUUACGAGCCCUGGAGGAUGAGUGAUGAGGAGUUCCAGGAUGACAAAUGGUAUCCAGGUUUCAGCGCCGUCAUCUCUGGGCCGCUUCGGCAACUCCCACAGAAUCUCAAGACCCUGAUACUUUUCGAGGACUUCAACCCAGUCUUUUUCCCAGAUGCGCCUGCUUCGACGAGAAUACCAAACGCUUCUUUCAUGGUUGAUGCGCAGGACUUUUUCAAUGCCGACCUAGCUUAUCUCGACCCAGAAGACAAGGACCUUGGACUCACAAAUCUCUUGGAGGAGGCGGGAAGAUUUGCGCUUGGAACACCUCGGCUACGCACCAUGAUUCUAUGGUACGGGAACAAGAACAAGGCUUACGCCUUCAUCUACAAAAGGGACGAGACCUCAAUCACUUGGCACGGAACCCGGGAGUUCGACAUGAAUCAACAACGUAUAACCAAGAUCUAG